AGAGUUAAAAAAAAAAAAAAAAAAAGAAGAGAGAGAGAGAGAGAGAAUUUUUUUUUUUUUUGUAACGUUUGAGCUCCCGAGAUCUCUGCUGGCUAAUGGGGUUCGCUGGGGUUGAAUCUAGGGUUUGUCUCCAGCAAGGCGAGAUCCUGGAGAUUCUCUGGGUUUUUCUCUAGUAUUCGAUUCUAGGGCUUCUUUGAUUCGAAAUUUUUGUUUUUUUUUUGAACAAGAAGAUGAGCUGGAGAUAUAGAGCUGGGUUGUUUCUGAUUGGGGCUGUUGUUGUUAUCUGGGUUUCCUCAGCUGAAGUCACCCAGGGUAUAUUUACAGACUACAAGCAACCAUUCGCAGUUACUUAUCUGGGGGCCUCCCUUAUGGUUGUAUAUCUUCCAAUAGCAUUUUUCAAGGAUUGGUUGUGUAAUUCACUGAAAAAGCGCAAGAACAACAUACUUCCCAGUGCUGUUAAAAUAUCUGCAGGACUUGAUUCACCACUAAACUUUGGUACAAUGCAAAAAAUCUUGGAAAUGGGAGUGCAAGCACAUUUGACUAAGAAAGAUAGCACCAUAGUCCUUUCUUCAUCCGAGGAAGAAAAUCCUUUUAUUGCUGAACUCCAAGAUGAAUCUAACGUUAUAGCGUUGAAGGAGAACAAAGAGCUUACUACAAGGGAAAUUGCUUUAUACUCAUUGUAUCUUGCUCCCAUUUGGUUUGUAACAGAGUAUUUAUCAAAUGCUGCGCUUGCACGGACCAGUGUGGCGAGUACUACAGUACUUUCUUCAACUUCAGGGCUUUUUACUCUUUUUAUUGGUGCGCUUCUUGGUCAAGACACCUUGAGCGUAGCGAAAAUAGUUGCUGUUUUUGUCAGCAUGGCUGGAGUCGCAAUGACAACUUUAGGAAAGACUUGGGCAAGAGACGAUUCUCAGUUGAGCUCUUCUGGGAACGACGAGCGGUCUCUUGUAGGAGAUCUUUUUGGUCUUCUUUCUGCUAUGUCAUAUGGUCUAUUUACCGUACUACUUAAAAAGUUCUCCGGAGAGGAAGGUGAAAAGGCUGAUGUCCAAAAAUUGUUUGGAUACGUUGGACUUUUCACUCUAGUGGCUCUUUGGUGGCUUGUUUGGCCCUUGACUGCAUUGGGGAUUGAACCCAAGUUCACAAUACCACACUCACUUAAAAUGGAUGAAGUUGUCCUUGCUAAUGGUCUUAUUGGAAGUGUACUCUCAGACUACUUUUGGGCUUUAUGUGUGGUAUGGACUACUCCUUUAGUGGCCACUCUGGGCAUGUCCCUAACAAUACCACUCGCAAUGGUUGCAGAUAUGUUGAUCCAUGGCCGUCAUUAUUCAGCAGUGUAUAUUCUUGGUUCAGCUCAGGUAUUUGCUGGCUUUGUAAUAGCAAAUGUUUCAGAUAGAUUUUCGAAGUUGCUAGGAUUGUAGCAUUUUCAAGCUCGUGCUGCGGUCGCUAGUGGGAGCCUGUUGGGCCUUUUCGCUGAAAUGUUGUGAAUUCCCCUUCAGGGUGUGGUGCUUUAGCCAGUUUCAUUUAUUCUUUUUAUCCACGAUGGAACUCUGUUUUGUAUCUCGAGGUGCUCUGUGUGCAGGUUGCAAAAUUUUUGUGAGUUUUUCUUCGUCACAAAUCUGUUGUUGUACGAUAUUUCUUGUGUAUAUGUGAUUCUUCAAUCCCUUUGGAAUCUUCUGGUUGGAGUGUAAGUUAAAUCAUUUCAUUUGUUUGUGCUUCCUCUUUUGUUACAUCUUUACUUCAUGUUGUCUCUUUGUUUUCUUUAGAGCUAUGUGAAACUGGCUUUAGGAACAUGGUUUCUGAUCCAAAUUUGUGUAAGCUAUGUUCUCUGAUGUAUAUCUUAAAAAUAUUUUUCAA